AUGUCGAGUAUUUACAAACUUUCCAUAUGUGGGGUCAGAUCGUUUGAUCCAGAACGAUCGGAAACCAUUCAAUUUGGGUUCCCAUUGACCCUUAUCUGUGGACAAAAUGGAUGUGGGAAGACAACGAUCAUUGAAUGUCUCAAGUACGCCACCACGGGGGAUUUACCACCAAACUCCAAGGGAGGAGCCUUUGUACAUGACCCGAAACUUGUGUACAAGUCUGAGGUACGUGCACAAGUGAAGCUUGCCUUUUCCAAUGCCAAUGGUAAAUCUAUGAUUUGUACGAGAUCUAUGCAACUAUCCAAGAAACGAGGUCGAGGAGGUCUGGAAGGCACUGCAACUUUCAAGACAUUGGAAGGUCAAUUAGCUAUCAUGAAUAAGGGAGAAAGAUCCACCAUCAGUACGAAGAAUGCAGAAUUAGAUGGACAGAUCCCGUUAUAUUUGGGAGCUUCGAAGGCUGUCUUAGACUACGUUACGUUUUGUCAUCAAGAUGAUAGUUUGUGGCCAUUGAGUGAAGCUUCUGUUCUUAAAAAGAGAUUCGAUGACAUUUUCGAGGCCCUGAAGUUUACCAAAGUUCUUGAUAACCUCAAAGUUAUCAGGAAAGAUAUGACGACGGAUAUAAGAUUAAUAGAACAAAGUGUUUUACAUCUAAAAAUUGAUAAGGAAAGGGCAACGAAAGUUACUGAAAAAUUAACCAAGACAAAUCUAUUGGUUGAAGAAUAUAUGAGUGAAAUUGCACGGUUAACACAAGAAAUUGAAAAAGUGGAAAAGCAAACCGAUAAACUUUUCAAAUCAAACCAACAGUUUCAAGAAGUACUUAGUAAACUGGAAUCAUUAAAGAUGAACCAGAGAUCUUAUGAAGAUCAAAUUAAUAGAUUAUCUAUGUCUAUCACGAAACUACCAGAUUCUGAGGAAUCAUUACUAGAGCAAUUGAAUAAUUUUGAAACAGUUUUAGAAUCCAAAUCUCGUGAGAUAAAAUCAUUGAAUAAGAAAUUAGAAUCCACCACCAGUACUUUAAAUGUCACUAGACAAGAACUUAGUCUAGCCAUUAGACUUGAAGGAUCUCUCAAAUCAAAGGAAGAAACGUAUCAAGGGAACUUAUCUAAGAGAACAAAGUUAAUUAAAACGAAUAAGAAGCAUUUAUCUUCCAACAACGGAGAUUAUGAAAGUGAAGAGAUUGCUACGGAAUUUGGAAAUGCGGUUAACUCAUUGUUGGAAAACGUCAAAAAUGAUCAUACCAAACUCCUAGAAAGUAAUAAGAAUACAGAAUCUUUUGCUUUGAAUAAAUUGAAAGGGGUCGAUAAUCAAAUUGCUACACAUUCUCAGAAACUCUUACAUUACGGCCAAGACAUUACUGAAGAUAAACAGAAAAUUGAAGCUCUUUCAAAGAAGAUUGAACUUUUACAAUAUAAUGAGGGGAACCUUGAAGUUGAAAAGGCAGAGUUAGAAAGUCUUAAUUCAAAACUUAGCAAUUUGAGGGAGAAGAACGAAGCUAAUGAACUACAAAAGAAAGUGAAUGAAGGUAAUGCAAAUUUAGUAAAACUUGAGCACGAAAUGGAUGAGAUUAAUAAGAAUAUUGCUUCAAGUAAUAAGCAAUCUGAUAUUCAUGCCAAGCUUUCGUUAUUAAAUGAAACUAAAUCUCAAAAGGAAAAGGCAUUGACAAAACUUGUUCAAUUUCACGAUAAGAAUUUUACAAAAGAAGUAGGAGAAAACUUGGAUACUAGGACUUGUGACAAAAUGGUUUCUUCAAGAUUAACAACCGUAAACGAUGAGAUAGAACAAUUACAAAGGGAAUUUGAAUCUCAACGGAAAUCAUUUAAUGCCAUUUCUUCAUCUGAAGAGACCAUAAAACAAGUAUUGAAAGAAAAUAUUCAAAAGGAGAAGGAAUAUUCAAAGAAGAUUUUCGAAGUAAUUGAUCAAGAUCAACUUGAUACCUAUGAAAAAUUAUUAGUUGAUUUGGAAGGAAAUUAUCGUGAUUCAUUGGACGCUUUGAACACAAUAGAAGUAACAAAACAGUUCAAUAUGAAGGCUUUGGAGAUUGCUGAGAAGGAGAAACAUUGUUCAUUAUGUUUCAGAUCUUUUGAAGCAUUAGAUUUGUCCAAAUUUCUUACCUUAUUGAGAGAGAGAGUUAAUAAAAUGAAUUUACAAUCUUUGACCGAAGAUUGUGAACAAAGCAAGGAAGAUUUAAAGUUGGCCAAAUCUGUGAAUUCAGAUGUAUUGCUGUACCGGAAAUUAAAAGUGGAAAUUGUUGAAUUGGAGGCGAAAUUAAAGACGAUAUCACCUGAAGUAGUGACUAUGAAGGAGAAAUUCGAUCUUGAUCUUGCAACCUUGAAUGAAAAGAAGUCAUUAUUAUCUAAAUUGGGUGCUCUUCAACGCCCAAUGAAUGAUAUUCUGCGGAUUCAAGGUGAAAUCGAUAAUUGUACUACUAGCAUUGCCGAGGUUGAGACAAUGUUGAAUGACUAUGGUGAUUCUAGAAUGUCAGCCACCGAAUUACAAGAAUUACAACAACAAAAGACUCAAGAAAUCAAAUUAAUUAGACAACAAGUUGAUACCAAUACAGAAGCAAAGUACUCUAAACAAAAGGAUAUAUCUAGAAUGGAAAGCGAAGUGAAAGACAAGAAACUUGCCAUAAGUAACUUAGAAAAGUCGUUACUUGAUAAGAUUAACUUAGCCGCUACUGUCAAGGACCUAAAUGCACGCGUUGAGAGAAUGUCUUCUGAACGUCAAAAGUUAGAGAUAGAUUUGGACGAAUUGAAGGGGAGCAAGACAGAAUUUGAAUUUGAAUUAGAGUCAUUACAGGAAGAGCAUAAAGAAUCAGAGGAAGCACUGAAUAGUCAAGUGAACUUGCUUGAAAAUCUUGGAAAGGAAUUUCAAUUAUAUCAAGAUUCAAUUUCGUCAUUUAUCGAAAAAGAUAAACCAAAACUUUUGGAAACCACGAAAGAAGUUGUUAGUAUAGAAGAAGAUAUAACGAAGUAUGAAUCUGAGAUUCAAGUACUUGAAACUGAUAUUAAACAAUUAGAAAGGGUAUUGAAUGACUCUUCCAGUAUUCAAAAUAAUAUCAGAGCCAAUCUUGAUUAUAGAAAUCUACAAAAAGAAUACGCAGAGGUGGAUAAUCAAAUUCAUGAAUUAGAUAUCGCCAAUGCUGAAGGGAAACGGAAUGAAUACCAAGAAGAAAGUAAGAGAUUACGAAUCUUGUUAUCAGAACUCAACGCUGACCAUGCAGGUAAGAUUGGGGAAGUUCGACAAAUGGAAGACCAAAUCAAAUCACUCAAGGGGGAACUUCAAAGUGAAUACAAAGGUAUCGAUAAGAAUUAUCAUGAGGAAUGGGUAAAGUUGCAAACCAAUAUGUUAGUUUCCAAUGAUUUACAGACAUAUUCCAAAGCAUUGGAUAACGCCAUUAUGAAAUAUCAUAGUAUCAAAAUGGAAGAUAUUAAUAGGAUUGUUGAUGAAUUAUGGAAACUGACAUAUAAGGGAUCUGAUGUUGAUACAAUUGCAAUCAAGAGUGAUGUAAACCUACAGGCUAAAGGAAAUAGAUCAUAUAAUUACCGAGUGGUUAUGUAUAAACUGGGAGCUGAGUUGGAUAUGAGAGGAAGGUGUUCUGCUGGUCAGAAAGUAUUGGCAAGUAUUAUUAUUCGACUUGCGCUCGCGGAAUGUUUUGGGGUCAAUUGCGGGAUGAUUGCUUUAGAUGAGCCCACAACCAACCUUGACAUUGAAAACAUCGAGUCAUUGGCAGAAGCAUUGAAUAAUAUCAUUGAUGUUCGUAAGAAACAAAAGAAUUUCCAAUUAAUUGUGAUUACUCAUGAUGAGAAGUUUUUAAGUCAUAUCAAUGGAGACAAAUUUACAGAUCAUUUCUAUCGAGUACAAAGAGAUGAUUUACAGAAAUCAACCAUUAGAAGUUUACCGAUUAAUCUUAUUCAAGAGGAGUAA